AUGAACAUCAAUAGCAGCAGCAGCCACAGCAACAAUACCACGCCUGUAGACGCUUAUCUAGACUCACCGUCGAGCAAACCAAACAGCCGUUCAUCCUCUAUCCUGAUGAUGGAUACCAGCGAGGAGAAUGCGAUAUCGACGGAAUCCAAGCGAAGACGAUUGAUCUCAUCCUCCUCUUCUUCGUCCUCAUCCUCGUCUUCAUUGAAUGAACUACAACUCAAUAGAAAUCAACACCUGACAGCUAAUUUGACAGCGACAACAACACCAUCCUCCUCCACAUCCACAUCCACAAGCAGUUCCUUUGUAGAUCAGCAGCAAGCUUCCUUGUCAUUGAAUAACUUGCACAUUGCAGAGAAAUCGAGACAGGAGCUAUUUACAGAGCAGCUACGGUUGCGUGAGGAAAGCAAGCGAAGAAAGAAUACAGAUGAUACACAACAGACGAGAUUUGCUCAGUAUUUCAAAUUCAAGCCAAAUGCAAAUAAACUGCCGUCUUCACCUUCUUCGGCAUCGUCCGCCUCUUCUUCACCCUCUCACCAAUCCAAUAGACCCAAAUUCGUUCAAGUUAGAUUAAACAAGCCACGAUCAGCUGUCCUGCAUGAGGAGAAUGGUAGCAAUCCAGCAUCUCAAGUGGAGAGUACGAACAGUAGAGCCAGCGAGAUACCUCAGCAGCAGCAGCAGCAGCAGCAACAGCAGCCUCAGGUACAGCAACAACAAUCUCCUGCUCCUCCUCACCCUUCCUUGAAUAGAAUGCACGUAUCUUUGCCCUCUGCGCCAUUUGCAUUGCGCUAUCCUUCCCAAUCUGUCAUGUAUCCCCAGUCAUCUUUAUCGUCUCAGCAAACAAUGCCUCCUCGACAACAACCUAUCAUGUACGCUCCUCAUCCGCCUCAACUUCAACCUCGACCUCCACAGCAACAACAUUUCCAAGCAACUUCCAAGCAAAGACCGAUUGUCAUUGAUGACGAUGAAGUCAUGAUAGACGAAGAACAGACCAUCAAAAACAUUUGCAUUGGCAUGAUUAUCACGGACAUUGUAGUUGAGAAACCACCUCUUGUAUUACCAAAAGACGAUCAAUAUGAAAUUAUUACCUUGGAAUCUGAAGGCAAAUUAAACACUGAAAACUAUUCAUUCAAGGUGACCUCUCGUAGUAUACCCGCCAAAUUUUACGGUUGGGUUCCUUUUAAAGACACCAAAGUAUUGGGGCCAUUGGUAGAUCACCGCUUGAUUUGGUGGGACGCCAUUAUUCCUCGUGGAAAAGCCAACAAUGCUCGCACCCCACUGUACAUUAUCCUGUAUUGUAGGCCUGAUUUAUAUGGCACACUGAGCAAAUACUUUGAAUCGCAACGAUUGUACCUCAAGACACCGCCCUUUUACAAUCCGGCCUGUCGAUACAGCAACCCUCACGCGCAUUUACCCGAGGCACAGCAGCAGUUCUUGCAGCAGCAGCAGUCAUUCAACAACUCCAAUAACAACAGUAGUUCUAUUUACAACAACUACAGCUACCGUUCCUACAACACAUCUAUUACUCGCCCCUCCGAGCAAGAGCUGUUGCGACAGAGUCAGAAGGAUAUCGAGUCCCUGUUGAGCAGUAUACCCAGCGAUGUGCCUAUUGUCAACAAGAUUAGAAAGAAAAAGAAGACGCACAACAAAAAGAAGAAGGCAGCUCAACAAAACAGUACAAAGCUGCUUGGCCUCAUAGACGGAGGAGAGGAGGGUAACGACGAUGAUGUGUUCCAGAGGCCUCUUAUUACAUCCACCUCGGAUGAUUCAGAUGAUGAAGACCAGUCAGAUCUGGAAGAAGACGAGGAAGACGAUGCUUAUGUGAUUGAGGGGCUCUCUAUCCACCUCAUGGAUCAUCAGAUCAAGGGCGUAAGCUGGAUGAUUGACCGAGAGAACAACAAGAGCAGCAACGGCGGCAUUUUGGCAGACGAUAUGGGCCUUGGUAAAACGAUUCAAACGAUUGGGUUAAUAUUAUCCAGCAUGAACGACGAGGAUGAAAAAGAGACGCCAGAAGCAGCAGAAGCCAAAGAAGCGCAGGAAGAUGACGAGGAUAAACAAGAACAUCAAAUGACACUGAUUGUUACACCAUUGGCCCUCAUCCAUCAGUGGGUCGAUGAAAUCAAGAACAAGACGGAGUACGGUAAACUGCGAGUGCUGAAACACCAUGGACCCAACAGAACAAAAAAUCCUGCAGUCUUUAAGCGAUAUGAUGUGGUGGUGACAACGUACCAGGUCGUGUCUUCUGACUCGCCUGGUGACAAAAAGAAGAAGCCCAACAGCAGCAAAAAGACAAUGACACUGGAUGGCUUUGUUGCGCAAGACCAGGACGACAAUGGCGAUGACGACGACUACAGCAGAAACAUUCCCUCGCAUUGGCAGCAGCUCAAGAAAGGCUAUGGACCUCUUUUCCAGGUGAAAUGGCAUCGCGUCGUGUUGGAUGAAGCCCAGCAAAUCAAGAACAGACAGACUAAAUCUUCCAUUUCCUGUUCUGAACUUUCUUCUGUCAAACGUUGGUGUUUAACUGGCACGCCUAUUCAAAACAAUGUGGACGAACUCUAUAGUUUGCUCAGAUUUCUCAAGAUUCAGCCAUUGUCAGACUACCCGACGUUCAAAAAGAACAUCUCUAUACCCAUACAGAAUGGCCAAGGUAGCAUUGCCAUGGAAAGACUGAAGGCUGUCCUCCGCGCUGUCAUGCUGCGAAGAACCAAGGAUGUGCUAAGAAGCAACCAAGCUAGCCCCACCUCCUCCAACACCUCCUCCCCCAAACCGUCUGCCAGCAAUGCUACUGCGACUGCCUCCGAAGAAGACGAACCGCUGUCCAAGAAACUCUCGCUGCAGUUACCGACUCGCCAAAAGCAAGACAUCAUGCUGCAGUUUAGCGAGCAUGAGAAGCAGUUGUAUGAGCUGCUGAGAACUCGAACGCGCGAGAGUAUUGUGGCCAUGGGAGGUCAGAAUGGUGGUUACAUGAAUAUGCUCUGUCUAUUACUACGCUUGCGACAAGCUUGUGAUCAUCCCCAACUGAUUUUAAAUGCAAUUGAUAAUGAUAAAGAUGUAUUGGAUAUUGUUACAGAUGCCAAUAGCACAUCAUCAUUUGACAAUCCUGGUCAGAAUAGCACCUGUGAAUUGUGCGGAAAGGCCAAGGUGCUUCCAUCAGAAGUUUCCUCAUCGCCGUUUUGUCAAGAUUGCAAUGAGACAGUGCUAUCGACUGCGCCUAAUGAUUUAUUCAAAACAAGCACCAAGGUACGCAAACUGAUUGAUAUACUCAAGCACACGCGAGACAACAAUCCCGGCGAAAAGACCAUUGUCUUUAGUCAGUUUACAUCCAUGCUGGAUCUGAUGGAGCAGCCACUCAAGAAGCACGGCUUUCGAUUCUGUCGAUACGACGGAUCCAUGUCCAGCAUGCUGCGGGAGAAAUCACUGGAGCGACUGAAAUACGACCGCUACUGUACAGUCAUGUUGAUCUCAUUGAAAUGUGGGUCCUUGGGUCUGAAUCUUACCUCAGCGAACCGUGUGAUACUGAUGGACAUUUGGUGGAAUCCUGCGCUGGAAGAACAGGCUAUUGACAGAGUGCACCGUAUAGGGCAAAGAUUACCCGUGCAUGUAACCCGAUUAUUAAUUGACAAUUCGGUUGAACUCAAGAUUAUGGCAUUGCAAGAAAAGAAGGCGUUAUUGACAAAGGGCGCAUUGGAUCAUGGUCUCGUCAAGAACACCAAACUGACAGCAAGCGAAAUUAGGUCAUUGUUUGAUCUCUAA